UGGCGCUCCUCGUGCGGCGGCGGUAUACCAGCAAGCGAUUCGGCCAGCUCCGCUAGCCAGGAGCCGUCGCUGCCACGAGAAGCAGCUCGCCGUGUCUGCGCCACCACUGUCUACCGGUGCCUGCCCGCUGCUGCCCACCCGGCGCGCCCCCAACCGCCGCUGCCUGACCCCCGGCUGGUCUGUGCGCCGGCCAGCGGCCUCCCCCUCGGCCUCCUUGAGGGGGUCCCCCGGCCGGACCGUGAUCCUCGUCUUCUGCCGCUUCGGCCGCCCGCAUCUCCUGCGCGGUCCGCCUCUCCUCCGCCGCCUGCCUGGCAUGAAGACCAAGUUCUGCAACGGGGGCGAGGCGGAGCCCUCACCGCUCGGGCUGCUGCUAGGCUGCAGCAGCACCAGCGCGACCCCCGCGCCCGGCGUGGGGCAGCAGCGCGACGCCGCCAGCGACCUGGAGCCCAAGCAGCUGGGCGGCCGGCAGCCUCCGCUCGCACUGCCCGCGCCGCCGCCCCCUCCGCUGCCGCUGCUCCCGCCGCCACUGCCGCCGCCAGCCGACGAGCAACCCGAGCCCCGGACGCGGCGCAGGGCCUAUCUGUGGUGCAAGGAGUUCCUGCCCGGCGUCUGGCGGGGCCUUCGUGAGGACCAAUUUCACAUCAGUGUCAUCAGAGGUGGCCUCAGUAACAUGCUGUUCCAGUGCUCCUUACCCGACACUGUGGCCACCGUUGGUGACGAGCCUCGGAAAGUGCUGCUGCGGCUGUACGGGGCGAUUUUAAAGAUGGUUUUUUUGAUAAAGCUGUGGAAUGUAAAGAGGUCCUGUAAUAAGGAGGGAUCCGAACAAGCUCAGAAUGAAAAUGAAUUUCAAGGAGCCGAGGCCAUGGUUCUGGAGAGCGUGAUGUUCGCCAUUCUUGCAGAGAGGGCGCUGGGGCCGAAGCUGUACGGCAUCUUUCCACAAGGCCGCCUGGAGCAGUUCAUCCCGAGCCGGCGAUUAGACACCGAAGAAUUAAGUUUGCCAGCUAUUUCUGCAGAAAUAGCUGAGAAAAUGGCCACGUUUCAUGGAAUGAAAAUGCCGUUUAAUAAGGAACCAAAAUGGCUUUUUGGAACAAUGGAAAAAUAUUUAAAUCAAGUGCUGAGAAUUAAAUUCACCGGGGACACCAAAGUGAGGCAGCUGCACAGACUCCUCGGUUACAACCUGCCGUCGGAGCUGAAGAACCUGCGGUCCCUGUUGGAGUCCACCCCGUCUCCGGUUGUGUUUUGUCACAACGACUGCCAGGAAGGUAACAUCUUACUGCUGGAAGGGAGGGAGAAAUCUGAGAGCCAGAAGCUUAUGCUCAUCGACUUUGAAUACAGCAGCUAUAACUACAGGGGGUUCGACAUUGGGAACCAUUUCUGUGAGUGGAUGUAUGAUUACACCCAUGAGAAGUACCCUUUUUUCAGAGCAAACAUCCUGAAGUUCCCCACGAGGAAGCAGCAGCUCCAUUUUAUUUCCAGUUACUUGGCCGCAUUCCCAAAUGAAUCUGGAAACCUCAGUCAUGAAGAAAAGGCCGUUAUGGAAGAAGAAAUGCUCGUUGAAGUCAACAGGUUUGCCCUUGCGUCCCAUUUCUUCUGGGGACUUUGGUCCAUUGUACAGGCCAAGAUUUCAUCCAUUGAAUUUGGAUACAUGGAGUACGCCCAAGCGCGAUUUGAUGCCUAUUUCGACCAGAAGAGGAAGCUGGGGGUGUGACGGCCGGAAGGACUUCCUACACUCCGUUCCUGGGCUGCGCGGGCGGCCAGGCCAACAGGCCUGAGCUGCCACCACUGUUGCCGCGGCAAGGAGCCUGGAUGCCUCGCUGCCGCACAGAUGUGUAUGAUACGAAAGACUGCAUUAAAAUCGAGUAACAUUUAUUUCAUAUCUCCUUCUACAAUUUCACUAGGCCUCCGACGCGAGCUCGGCAGCAGAAACAGUGCAAUAGGGCAGUAGUGCGGUAGCUCCGCUCCCUGCAGGCUGGCGUGCGGGCGCGGUGCUUCUGGUCAACGUUGGUUUUUACAGGACUCAAGCGGGCCUGCGGUGGGCGCCGAGCCGGCUCUGUAGGAAGCAAUGUGUGCAGACACUGCCCAGGGGUGGUGGGGGACAGGAUGGGUUGUGAUGUCACCGGUGGCCUGCCCCCCCAGUCUGUGGAAGCUGCUCCUUCCCCCUCUGGUCCAAAUGGCUGACACUCGAGACCACAGACCGCCCAUGACAGGUGCAAGCUGCCGUCUCCACGCUGUGAACGAAGACCCUGGGGCCUGGUGUGCGCCUGCACACCUGGGCCCCUCCCUCUCUGUCACGCCCUCCUCCCCACUGAAUGUGCUUUAUUAACCGUGGCCUUAGCCAGCGGCUGGGUCAGGGGCAGCAUGGGGGUGCGCAGACAGCUGCCCCCGCCCCCCAUCUGCCUUCCCUGAGCAGAGGAGGGGUUCUCUCUCCUGCUCGGCAGCCCUGUCUCCUCCACGACUCUGUCCAGCCUGGAGCUGGCAGUUGCGUGACGGGGCUGGCUGCCCCCGGGUCCCUGGCACCUUGGUGGGCCAGGCAGGGGGCUGGAAACCGUGGCCAGUUGUCCCUGCCCUCACCACUUCCUGGUACCCCCGACAUCACCCCGGUGGGAACCAGCGGCCUGUGACCUGUGGGGGUGUGGACAGAGUGUAGCUGUGAAAUUCAUAUAUGUUAAUGUUAACUGCCCUUUGGGAUAAAUGCCUUUUUUAGAAAACCCGAAAUCUUUAUUUGAAUUGUUCUCUGCAUAUGUUUCUGCCACUGCAGACACUGCACUGUACGAUCAGUGGAAAAAUAAAAACUGUCUUCAGCUGUC